AUGUCAAGGCGCUUAAAGUGAGUUUUAUUUUUUUAGUAAUUUUGGCGCUAUUUUUUAACGUUUAGAGACAAAGCUGGGAGCAUCUAUGUAGUCGUUAAUAAGAGGUUUUAUUCAUUGGAUAUAUCUUAAGUUAUUAAGUUAGAUUGGAGUCUAGCAACGAGAUUGCAAUGGUUUAACUUACACACUAGGUUAUGCCACAAAGAGGGCAAGGUUUGACGAAGGAGUUGAACAAGAAGGAGUGAGAGUUUGGAUUGAUUCAGUUGGGUUUGGUAGCUAUUUGUGGUAGCUGCAGUAUCUCUUGUUUACAAGAUAUAUCUUUAUUAUGUAAUCGUUUGUGAUCAGAAGGAAUUUUACUGUUCUAGCCGCACGGUCAGCAAGGAUUUUAAGGGUUUUGUGUUAUUUGGACUUGCAAGUCGCAGUAAUCGCGUGUUUUUUGGGCGAAACUAGUUUCGGCAUCUCUUACAUAAAUAACAGUCCAUAGAAAACUCAGUUUAUUAGGUUCAGAAAUGGGUUACAUUGACAACAGACUUUCUUCCGAAUUUGCGUUUAAAAAUCCUAAAAUAUUUUCUUUUUUUACUGAUACUACCCUUCUUUAUUUGUUAAUUUAAGGCUUUAGCUGAUCCUUUAAAAUUGAUCUUAUCUUUUUUUAUUCAAUUGACACUUUUUGGAUUAUUUUUGAUGUGGGUUUUUAAAUAAAGUAAGGUAACGCUUCCUAUAAUUUUACUAAUAAUUUUUUAGAACCAUGGUGAAACAAGGAGAUUUGGCUAAGAAGGUGGUGAAAAAGGCUUCAAAAGUGACCUCACCUGUUGAACAUUACAAAUGCAUUCCCUCCAGUUUAAAAACUGCCGGUGGGUAAGUUAAUGUUUAUGAUUCUUUUGUUUAGACAGCAUUUAUUGAUAUUUUGGACAAGGAAAGGUCGUUUUGAUAGAGAUGUUGGUUUAUCAUGCGUACUUAUAAAAUUUUAGUGAAAACCUAAACCUCGAGUUUUACUGGGCCACUCAUUUGAACGAAGCACAAUGCACGUGGAUCUUUGAGUUGUUCAACAAGAAGAUGGAGGAGAUGUACAGAAAAUCUGAAUGGGGCUAUGAAGAAAACUCGAAAAGGGCCGGGCUGUUUGCCACAACGUCAAGAUAUAUUAUUGUAAAGUCUGCCGCAGGAAAACACAUUGCUUUCAUGCAUUAUCGUUUUGUUAUUGAGGUUGAAGAGCCAGCGUUAUACGUGUACGAACUUCAAGUUGAUCAAAGCUAUUAG